ACCACCAUUCCUCCUCCAGCCCCGGGGGCCUCUCUCUCUCUCUCUCGAUUGUGUGCACAAUCUUUCAUGGCGUCCUCCAACUCCCUCUUUCUUAUAUGUCUCGUGUUUUUUUACUUUAUUCAUCUGAGUUGUACGGAAACAGAAACAAGAAACACGACGAGUGAAAGCUGCUCGAUUUCUCUCUCCUAUGUCCCUCUCUCUCUCAACAGUUCUUCUGCUUCUUCCCAAGGAGACCCCCAUCCUUCUUCUCUUGUGUCAUCACCAAAAGGACAUGGCCAUCGAAGAUCAAAGGGUGCUGCCCCAUCAUCACCGUCAAUCCACUACAAAUCAUCAUUCAGGUAUUCAGUGGCUCUGAUUGUUUCUAUCCCAAUAGGGACCCCUCCACAGACUGUACCGAUGGUGUUGGACACAGGCAGCCAACUUUCAUGGAUACAAUGCCAAAAGAAGUCACCGAGAAAGUCUCCAACGACGUCGUUUGAUCCUUCUCUCUCUUCUACUUUCUCUAACCUCCCAUGCAAUAGCCGGGUUUGCAUGCCACGAAAUCCGGAUUUUACCCUCCCAACUUCUUGUGAGAACAAUUUAUGCCACUAUUCUUACUUCUACGCAGAUGGGACUUUGGCUGACGGCAAUCUCGUCAUAGAUAAAUUAAGAUUGUCACCUUCCCAAACUACCCGUCCUCUGGUUCUUGGUUGCACGAACAGCUCCGGCGAGGCUCAGGGUAUUCUGGGAAUGAAUCUUGGGCGGCUGUCAUUUCCCUCCCAAGCUAAAAUAAAAAAAUUCUCCUACUGCGUGCCACUUCGGCAAGGUACUCCGCGGGUUACGCCUAUCGGAACAUUUUACCUCGGAAAGAAUCCGAAUUCACACACAUUUAAGUAUGUCAAUCUUCUAUCUUUUCCUCAAAUUCAAAGCAUGCCGAAUUUUGAUCCUCUGGCCUACACUCUUCCCAUGACGGGGAUAAUGAUCGCCGGAAAGAAACUAAGAAUACCGGUAUCGGUAUUCAGGCCGGAUGCUGGCGGAUCCGGCCAGACGAUGAUUGACUCCGGCACCCAAUACACAUUUCUAGUGGAUGAGGCAUACUCUAAGGUCAAAGAGAAAGUUGUGAGUGUGGCGGGCCGAAGGCUAAAGCCAGGGUAUGUGCAUGGAGGAUCGUUGGAUAUGUGCUUUGAUGGAAAUUCUAUUGAUAUUGGACGGUUGAUAGGUGACAUGGUUUUUCAAUUUGAAAAUGGUGUUGAUAUUCUGAUCAAUAAGGAAAGGGUUUUGGAUGACGUUGGAGGUGGGGUCCAUUGCGUAGGGAUCGGACGAUCAUCGUUGCUCGGUACUUCAAGUAACAUUAUUGGCAAUUUUCAUCAACAAAGUCGAUGGGUAGAAUUUGAUCUUGUUGGUCGAAAAGUGGGAUUCGGUGCAGCAAAUUGUAGCAAACCUCCAUAACACAAGCGACAAAUACUUUUAAAUGUACUACAUAUACUAAGUAUACACGUGCAUACAUUGGUACUAUAUACGUACAAAUUUUGCCACCAGUAAUGAUAUACACAAAACUUCUCUAUUAUACUAUUUAUUUCUUUAUCUAUAAUCAUGCAUUCGAUAUGUUAUAUA